UAAAAUGGCGGAAGUUCAAUGUUUGAGUUCAUUACUUGUAGUUUCUUGCCUGCUUUUCUGUUAUGCAUUAAUGAUAAUAAUUGAAUGCUAAGUGAGAUUUUUGAAAAUACUGGAGAGAACUCCAGAAUGCAGUUUUUGCUUUAGAUCGUUGCUAGAUGUACUCAUCGGCGUCGAAUACAUUAACGUUUUACACUUUAAUCGGAAACGAGGACAUGGAAGUAAAGCCGAAGCACACCAGCAGCCCGACCAUGAAAACACCGAAUGAAGCUGAGUCGGACACUAGCGCAGACAUGAAGACGCAUUUUCGUGUUUGUCGCUUCAUCAUGGAAACAGGUGUAAAGCUGGGAAUGCGCUCCAUCCCCGUGGCCACAGCCUGCGCUUUGUACCAUCGUUUCUACCAAUCCGCCAGCCUCCAGGUGUACGAGCCAUACUUGGUGGCCAUGUCUGCCAUCUACCUGGCUGGCAAAGUGGAAGAGCAGCACCUCAGGACGAGGGACAUAAUCAACGUGUGUCACAGGUACCUCCAUGCAGGUAGUGAGCCCCUAGACCUGGACAGUGAAUUCUGGGAGCUCAGAGACAGUGUGGUCCAAUGUGAAUUACUCAUCCUCCGGCAGCUCAAUUUCCAGGUCUCCUUCCAUCACCCGCAUGAGUACCUCCUGCACUACCUCCUCUCUGUGAAGGGAAUUAUGAACAGGCAUGCCUGGUGCCGGACCCCCAUCUCAGAGACCGCCUGGGCCCUUCUGAAGGACAGCUACCACGGGCCCCUGUGUGUGCGCCACCCACCCCAGCACCUGGCACUUGCGGUUCUAUACCUUUCCCUGCAAAGCUAUGGCGUGGAGCUUCCUGCGGGGGCUGUGGAGUGGUGGCAGGUUUUCUGUGAAGAAAUCACAAAAGCAGAAAUAGAGUCCAUCAUCACUGAUGUCCUUCAGCUCUAUGACAUGGAGGCCAAAUGUACAUGAUCAUGCUGCACCUUUAAGAGGGUCGAUAAACACACAGGGCACUGGUGGAUUCUGGACCGGAUGGCUCUAGCUCUACUUCCUCUGUCAGCUCUGCUGAGUGAACACAGAGCACGUGCUAAUCUGCUCGCCGGUGAAUUGCUGCUCAAAUCUGAUUAUUUCCAAGGAGCCAGAAGACCGGCACAGUAACUGAACAACAGAUACACGAAUUUGAUGGAGUCCCUUUUCAUUUUCUAUAAUAUCUCGACAUGUCAUCAGCAGAACUGCGAUCACAUGUCCUGUGAAUGAGGCUGCCAGUUUCUCUGUCAACCAACUCCAGGAAGAGAACAGCACAUACGGCCGAAACGUCACUGAAUGUUUUACCGCUCCUUACUCGCGUGUAUUUAAGUAUUCUAUGUUAACGCCAUUGUCAAUGGUACAUUCGGCAUUUUUUCUGUGCCUGAGCUCAGUAAAUAAUUUGCAUAAUUA